CUCGCUGUAAACAUUGCUAGUCACUCAUUUACAUCACACAAACAAGCAGACGCACGACGACAUCCCAAGACAACCCAAGACAUCAAAACGCCACCGAAAAAACACCAAACACCAGCAAUCCGAGCUUUGAGCGCUUGGUGUGAUCGGUCGCAGAUUCUGACGGACAUGCGCCGGCGGGCCGUUUGUAUCUGCCUGACGCUCGCCGCGUGGGCGGUGUCGGCGCUCAGCCUAUCAGUGUUCUCGAGGCCGCCUGAGGCUCACAUGCUGCUGCGCUCUCGCCGCGCCAACUCUUUCCUGGAGGAGCUCAAGCCACCGUCCAUGGAGAGAGAGUGCGUGGAGGAGACUUGCGAGUUCGAGGAGGCACGAGAGAUCUUCAAGGUUCGAGAGGCUACGCUGGAGUUCUGGACGGUGUACAGAGACGGAAAUCAGUGUGAAUCCAACCAGUGUGUCCACGGGAGGUGCGUGGACAUGCUGCAAGAUUACGUGUGCAGCUGUAACCCAGGAUACGAGGGAAAGUACUGCGAACAUGCUCAAUCGGCGACCAACUGCAGCGUGAACAACGGCGACUGCGACCACGAGUGCACGGACAGCGAGGACGGGCUACGGCGGACGUGCAGCUGCGUCGACGGCUACAAGCUGCACAACGACGCCAAGAAGUGCAACGCCAAAGGGUCGUCGUCGUGCGGGCAGCUGCUGAUCGGACGUUCGUCCUACACUAAGCCUAUGGACGGCCUCAUGCCCUGGAUGGUUGGCGGGGAGGUGGGCAAGAAGGGCGAGAGUCCUUGGCAGGUCCUGCUGCAGAACGCCAAAGGUCGUUUCCACUGCGGCGGCGUGCUGAUUGACCAGAACUGGGUCCUGACGGCCGCCCACUGUCUGGAGAACAACCUGCGGUUCCGAGUCAGACUGGGCGACUAUGAGCGUUUCCGCGACGAAGGCACCGAGGUGAUGCUGAAAGUCAGAAAGGCCUUCCGACACCCCGACUACGACAGCACCACGGUGGACAACGACAUCGCCCUUCUGCGCCUGGAGAGCCCGGCGCCCUUCUCCGAGUACAUCCUGCCAGCGUGCCUUCCGAGCCGGAAAAUGGCCGAGGCUGUCCUCCACCGCAACGGCACCCAGACGGUGGUGACGGGCUGGGGCAAGGAAAACGAGGAAAGCCAGCGCUUCAGCUCGGCGCUCAACGUCAUCCGGGUGCCGCUGGUCAGCCACGACGUGUGCGCCGUCCACAUGUCGCACAACAUCUCGGAAAACGUGCUGUGCGGAGGCAUCCUGGGCCAGAGCAUGGAUGCCUGCGAGGGGGACAGCGGGGGCCCCAUGGUGACUCUAUAUGCCGACACCUGGUUCCUGGUGGGCCUGGUGUCCUGGGGGGAGGGCUGCGGGCGCCACGACAAGCUCGGCAUCUACACCAAAGUGUCCAACUACAACGAGUGGAUCGACAGCGUGCGCCAGGACUGGGACAAAAGCCCGCAGCCGCCAGAAGCCUGAUGUGCAGUUGAAUAAACUCAUUUACGCUCGA